AUGUCUAUUACCUUCACCAACCAAGCCCACGCUCUGGAGACCGUCGUCUCGGUGCUAGCGAGGCACAAAACCGAUGAUUACUACGCAUAUGAACGGGAGGGAAAUUGGUACAUGGGCAUUGGAAGUCAAGCAUCCUUGGUGUUUGACUGUAAAGGAGAGACUGUGACCGUCAAUACAGAAUCCAGUCAAGCAUCACGCCCAAUGGAUGGAUCCUCGGUUACUGAUAUUGCGAGAGAAUUCGUCUCCGAUAACAUGAAAACUGGUUGCAGGAUAUUCGGCCAAGCUGGGUUCAACUAUGCUGCACAUGUUCGUGGACAAGCAUUUACAUUUGGCAACUGGCCUCUACUAGCCCUGCUAGUUCCCCGCAUCGAAAUUCUUCUUCAUCAACAUACUGUUACGCUGAAGGGAAUUCAUGACGAAGAAGUGAAGGGCUUAUAUGAGUCGAUCCAGCAUGACACUGGCGGCCUUGGUCUAAUCCGCCCUCAGAAUAUCCAGCCCAUCGACACGCAAGACACCAAAGGCGCUUACACUGCUAUUGUUGAAAGGGCUCUCUCUGACAUAGCCGAAGGCCAGUACACGAAAGUCAUUCCAUCACGCGCUGUAGAAAUCAAGUACAAGAUCAACAUGCCGGCUACUCUGCUGACUGGCCGGCGUUCCAACAAUCCCGCACGAAGCUUCUCCUUAAACCACGCGGGCUACCAGGCUACAGGUUUUAGCCCGGAGCUAGUGAUGUCAGUGGAUAAUGGAAGGGUGACAACUGAGCCGUUGGCUGGAACGCGAUCAGCCACAGGAACAAAUGAAGAAGUCGAGGAACUGCAACAUGAGCUGCUAAACGACCCGAAGGAAAUUGUGGAACAUGUCGUAUCGGUGAGAGAAGCGAUUACAGAGCUUCGACGACUAUGUCCACCAGAUACUAUCAAGGUCGAAGAUUUGAUGUCAAUCAGAACGCGUGGCUCUGUUCAGCAUCUAGGGUCUCGUGUUGCUGGGACCCUAUCACCCGAAAAAGAUGUGUGGGAUGCUUUUAAUGUCCUGUUCCCGUCAAUUACAGCAUCCGGAAUUCCGAAGCAUGCAGCUAUCGAAGCCAUUCAACACCUGGAGGAUGAGCCACGAGAGCUCUACUCUGGCGCCGUCUUCAUGAUUGAAGAUUUAGAAUCUUUUGAAGCAGCACUGGUCUUGCGCACUGCGUUCCAGGAUCAGAGUCGUGGUUGGAUCCAAGCUGGAGCUGGCGUCAUCUCUCAGUCCAACCCGCAGCGAGAGCUGAUGGAAACUCGCGAGAAGUUGGCAAGCAUUGCACCGUUCGUGAUUCCGGAUGUUUCAACUUGA